UAAAUCCCGAAAAAAAUGUAUACGAAAACCAUCAUUGCCAGUGUGCUGAUUGCCAUUAUUUGUGUGCAGUUUGCCGAAUCAUUGGUGUGCUACACCUGCACCACCCCCAACGAUUGCAAGAAGCCCAAGAAGACCACCUGCAGCAAUGCGGCGGCCAAUGAGACCAGCCACCACUUGGCGGUCUACCAUCAGGGAGUGAUAAAUGCCACCAGCACGCGCUUCGAUUGCAUGUCCCUGCAGUACACCUGGAACAAUCAAGUGAUCCACCAGCUGCAUGGCUGCUUGCAUCCCGCUGUGGGUCCCUGCAACCUGAGCCUGAAGCCCGCCUAUGGGCAUUACAACAAGACCCACUGCCGCACCUGCUCGGGGGAUAAGUGCAACAAGAGUCCGGCGGGAAAAGUGAGCAGCAGCAUCUACACAAUUCUAGCCGGCGUUGUGGGCCUGCUGUUGGUCAAAACUUAUGCCUAGACUAUUUUUAAAGAUGAACUAAAAAGAGUGUAUAGAGAACAAAUUGUUAAUAAAUUAUUUUUGGUAUAAGCGACA